CGAGUCACAUGACACGCAAUCAAAACCUUAGCAGUGAGCAAGCUGAGCAAGCUUUACAAGCCGCUAGUUUGCGCAGCCAGCACACCGUAACCUUUUUCACCGAAAACUCUCCAUCCAGCUCGAUCUCUGAAGAUGCUUCGUGUUGCUCUGCUGAGCUUGGCGUUCGGCCUGGCGCUUGCUCUGUACCCGGACUUCGAGUUGAUCGACCACGUCAAUAGCGUCCAGCGGACCUGGCGGGCCGGCAUCAACCCUCGCUUCAUCGGCACCACCGAGGAAUACGCCAAGGGUCUGUGCGGAGUGCGCGAGGGUGGACCCAAGCUUCCACUGAAGGAGAUCGAGCCGUUGAAGGACAUUCCGGACUCUUUCGACGCCCGCAAGCAGUGGCCGUACUGCCCGACGCUCAUGGAAGUUCGCGACCAGGGAUCAUGCGGGAGCUGCUGGGCAUUUGGGGCGGUGGAGUCUAUGAGUGACAGGCUCUGCAUCAAGUUCAACCAGUCAGCUCACAUCUCAGCAGAGGAUCUCAUGACCUGCUGUAGCUCCUGUGGUGAUGGUUGUGAUGGUGGCUUCCCAGCAUCUGCUUGGGACUACUUCAAGUCUACUGGUAUUGUGACCGGAGGAGAGUGGCACACAGGUCAAGGCUGCCAACCAUACGAGAUUGCCUCGUGCGAGCACCACAUGCACAGUAGCCAGCACCCAGACUGCGGAAGCCUGCAACCCACACCAAAAUGCUCACACGAGUGUCAGGCUAACUAUACCCUCUCCUUCGACAAAGACAAGCACUAUGGUACCAAUGCCUACAGCGUUUCUAAAAAGGUCGAGAAGAUACAGACGGAAAUCAUGACAAACGGACCUGUGGAGGCAGCUUUCAGCGUCUAUGCUGACUUCCUCAACUACAAGAGUGGAGUGUACAAGCACGUCAGUGGUUCUUACCUUGGCGGACAUGCUGUGAAGAUCCUUGGGUGGGGAGUGGACAGUGGGACGCCAUACUGGAUCAUUGCCAACUCAUGGAACCCCACGUGGGGAAUUGAUGGGUUUUUCUGGAUGAUUCGAGGUCAGGAUGACUGUGGGAUCGAAUCAGGGAUUGUUGCCGGAGAGCCUAAGAAAUACUCCCUGUGAAGCCCAUGAGCUGAUAUUAUACUACCGGAGAGCUUGAACUUAGUAAUACAUGCUGUCUGAAUAAUAAUUAUUUAAAACUGGGUGGUACUUUGUUUAUAAUUAUACAUGAUUGUUUAUAUUUUUGCAUGCAAUAUAUAAUAUACUAAGAAACAUAUAGUCCCUGUGAUGAGUUGCAAUACUUAUAUAGCAUGAUUGUGUUUGCUGUGUAAG